AUGGCCAUUCCAUACCCCUCCACGGCCCAUCUCCGCCACCGCAAGGCCAAUUCGCUCAACAAGCCUGGAUACAUUCCCCAGCAUGGUCCACCACCGAAGCUCUCGCUGAUCAACAGGAUGCGCAUCUUUCUGCUGAAUGACGGGCUCAGCUAUCUCUUUAUAGGUGUGUGGGUGCUCCUCUGUAGUCUGGUCUUUGGGCUGGGCUUUGUGAAUUACGAUCUCAACGACAACUAUGCCGGGGCUCGCGCAGUCUUUGGGCGCUCCUUUGUCAGUGCAAAGAGCGCCGCUAUCUGCCUGCACAUCAACAUCGCCUUCAUCCUUUUCCCUGUCUGCCGUACGCUCGUCUCGUACGCACGCAGCACACCUUUGGGCCAGGUGAUACCCUUCGACAAGCACAUAGAUUUCCACAAAAUAGUUGGCUAUGCGGUGUGUGUGUUUACAGUCCUGCACAUCCUGUCCCACCAGUCCAAUUUCGCGCGUCUAGCGCAGCACAACGGCACGGGAUUCAAGGGCUUCUUUCUCUCCAACUUCGCCUCUGGGCCGGGAGCGACGGGGUGGAUCAUGACGGCAUGUCUUGCCACAAUGGUGUACUUUGCGCGUCAGAAAAAAAUGCGUCGCGCGAAUACCGGCUACGAACGUUUCUGGUACUCGCACCACCUCUUUAUUCCCUUCUUCGUGCUGUGGCAGUCGCAUGGGAUGUUCUGCAUGAUCCAGCCGGACACUCCACCCUACUGCGACUACUCACAAGUGGGUGUGUUCUGGAAAUACUGGCUGGCGGGAGGUGUGAUAUACAUCGGCGAGAGACUGCUGCGCGAAUGGCGCGCUCGUCAGCUCACCUACAUCAGCAAAGUCAUCCAACAUCCCUCACAAGUCAUUGAGUUGCAGAUACGCAAAGAGGGCAUCAAAACGCAGGCAGGUCAGUACAUCUUCCUUAAUUGCCCUGCACUCUCCCUCUGGCAGUGGCACCCUUUUACUCUCACUAGCGCCCCUGAAGAGGAUUACAUCAGCGUGCAUAUUCGCGUAGCGGGUGAUUUCACCCGCGCUCUUGCUGAUACCCUCGGUUGCGACUUUGAGCAAAACGACAAAGUCAUCGAGGGCGCUCAUCCGAAUAGCUCACACGCUGGUAUCGUUAAUAGAGUCCUCCCCCGCGUUAUGGUCGAUGGUCCAUUCGGGUCUGCCAGUGAGGAUGUGUUUAAUUACGAAAUCGCUGUGCUCGUCGGCGCUGGUAUCGGUGUUACCCCUUUCGCCAGCAUCCUAAAAGAUAUUUGGUACAGAGCUCAUUGGCCAGAUCCCUCCAAACCGACGCGUCUUAGUAAGGUGUAUUUUAUAUGGGUCAUACGGGAUUUCGGCUCGGCAGAGUGGUUCCAUUCGCUUUUGCAUGCCAUCGAAGAGCAGGAUUUGGACAACUACAUUGAAAUUCAGACAUACCUCACCGCCAAGAUCAAAUUUGAUGACAUACAAAACAUUCUUGCUCACGAUAUAGGUAGUGAGAGAGAUGCAAUUAGUGGUCUGCGCGCUCCAACUAACUUUGGUAGACCAAAUUGGGAUCGAAUCUUUGAGAAUAUUACUGCUAAACAUCCAAAUACUGACGCUGGUGUGUUUUUCUGCGGCCCUCCCGUUCUUGGAUCGGCUUUGCAUAAGGGUUGCAAUAAACAUUCUAAUCCGAAAAGCACUAGAUUUUUCUUCGGUAAAGAGAAUUUCUAG